CAGCUCCUAGCACUCCUUGGGGACAAUGGACAGCUCAGCAGAUGCAGCCGGGGUCCUGGAAAGCAGUGAUAUCGGGUCACAGAAAGACAGAGUGGUGACUGAGGAGGAAUGGCUGCAGAGAUGGGAAAUGAGUAACAUUGGGUUUCACAAGGAACGAGGGCAUCCGCUUCUACAGAAGUAUCUGGAUGUUCUUUUAAAUGGCAGGAGUGGACUGAGGAUAUUUUUCCCACUUUGUGGUAAAGCAGUCGAGAUGAAAUGGCUGGCGGACAUGGGACACAGUGUUGUUGGUGUGGAAGUCAGCGAGCAAGCGCUGAAGGAAUUUUUUGCAGAACACAGCCUGCCUUAUUGCGAGGAGCCAGUCUCAGAGAUUUCAGGAGCAAAAAAGUUGCAGAGUACCUCUGGGAACAUUUCUCUCUACUGCUGCAGUAUUUAUGAUUUGUCCAGCUCAAUAGUUGACAAGUUUGAUGGGGUUUGGGACAGAGGAGCUCUAGUAGCUGUGAAUCCAUGUGACAGACAACGCUAUGUCAGUUUGAUGAUCACCCUAAUGGAGAAAAAUUCUUCUUAUCUCCUCGUUACGGUUUCCUAUGAUCCAAACAAACACAAAGGCCCACCAUUUUAUGUUCCUGAAUCUGAAAUUAAAAGCUUGUUUGGCAACCACUGUGAAAUUAAGUGUCUUCAAAAAGUCAAUGACUUCUCAGACAAACACAGGCAAUGGGGAUUAGAUUAUUUUCUGGAGGUGCUCUAUAUACUAAAGUUUGUAGCUUGAUUAAUUAAAAUAAC